AUGCUGCUCACAGUGAAGAGGCUGCUUGGGCAGCAGUGCCGCCUUCAGGUAUCUGGUGAGGAGAGGAUCUCUCUGGUGAAAAGCCUGGUGUGUGAAGAGCUCAAUGUCCCUGAGAACCAGCAGACCCUGUUGUUCCAGGGGAAAGUGCUGGAGGGGGAGCACAAAUUAUCAGACUAUCUCAUUGGCCCAGAGUCCAUCCUCUAUCUGGUCAUUAAAAAACCUGAGCAAGCUCAUCCUGAGGAGCCCUCAAAGCCGACGGCUGUCCAGCCCCACUCAGUGUGGUAUCGACUCUCGCAAGUCCUGGAGAAACAUUUCAGAACUUCCGACGCAGUGAGGGUUCUCGAGCGGGUGCUGAACGACUACUACAAAGGCCUUGGCUUGCUGAGCCUGGAAAACAUCGAAGAGUUAGCAGGGGACCUCCUAAGUCCUGAGGAAGGUGAAGGUGAACCGGUGGCUACAGGUGAGCUUCCCCAGCAAAAGGGGCACCCCACAGCCCCAGUGUCUGAAUCCAGGAAGGAUAAAGCGACCCAGACUGAGCCACAAGAAAUGCUAGGAGGAAGGUGGUGCUGGAAGAACUCUGGAGUAGACUUAUUUAGAGAGGUCUAA